CUUGUUGGUCACCCUCUUCAAGGCGGCGCGCGAGCACACCCGAUCAAUGCGCGGCGGUUGCGCCGCCACUCACCGUUACGGAUUGAGCUGAGGCAGUCGCGUGUCGUCCGCCGGACGGUUCGCAUCGCCGCCAGGCGAAGGACGGGCCUAUCGAGCCUAGUUCGGCGCAAGACUACCGAGUCUCUGCCUAUAAGACGGAAGCCAGGGAACAAAACGAGCGCCGAGAGCUAAAUGACGCAUGUCACCCGUCGAAGCGGCAACGACGAGCCUCGCGGGAAGAUCGCCAGCAGGGGCGCCCAAAGAAAUGUCCGACGGCGUCCCGGAAUCGCGGCCCAUGGCAGCCAGGAAGGGCUGGAGGGGUGGCGACCAGGGCCAGGAUAAGCGGGCCGGAGGUGACGUCAACGCCGCCACCGACUCCGACGAGAGUGGUCUUACGCCACUGUCCACCACCACCAUGACGUCAUCGCUAAGAGGGGCGUCGAGGUUCGGCCAGGACCGCGUGCAACCGAGCGCGGCGGCCCGAACGCAGAGAACAACCUCUCGUUUUUCCAUGUCGCGGGACUUCAAGAUAGACGACCUUCACAACGAAAUCAAGGACCUCGAACGAAGGCUCAAGGAGUCCGAGCGCGAGAACAAGGCACUGAAGAGGGUGCAGGCGCGUCAGGAACGAGAGCUGCUCAAGGCCGAGUCGGCCAGGCGCCACGAAGGCCCCGACGCAUCGCGGGCACAUGCCGAGGAAGUACGGGCCCUGCGCGCCCUGCUCGCCGAAGGCAGGGACAGGCUCAGGGAAUACGAGAAGAAGCUGCACUCGCGAAACUGCGAGCUGCAAAAGAUGAGGCAGGCGCUGGCGGAUCUCCAACACCAUAUUGACGAAAAACAAACGCUUGUCGAAAAGGAGGCCGAGAUGCAGAGCAAGAUCCAGCAACUCGAGAAAGAGGUCCAGGAGAGGAACACAGAAGUUCACGAGCUAAGGCGCAAACUGGAUACUGUUCAACUAUCGUACAAAAAGGAACUGGUGAAGGAGAAGGCUCAAAACAAAAGCUUCCAGAAACAAAUGCAGGCAUUAAGGGCGGACAAUGAAUUGCUUCAAAGAAAAAUAAAGGAUGCAAGUGUUCAGUCUAUUAUGUUGAGCCACAGAGACUUUCUGAGCCACAAUGGAGUCUCCAGCGAUCCAAAGUCUAUCUUCAUGGGCAUGGACCAAGAAAAAAAGGAACGGCUGCUGUCUCGUCUCAGAGACAUUGACCUCAGUGGCACAUUUGUCAAGAACACCACCAAGAGACCGCGGGCAGCUCGCCGACUUUCAAUGGACUCGCAGCAGAGCCGACUUAGGCUCAGGUUUAAUGCCAUGAAUGAUCUCCUUCUCAAUGAGUCCUUGUCAAGCGAAAGCAGCCCAACAGAGCGCAUGCCUCCGCUUGGGCCAAAUGUCACCAAGGCUCGCCGCAUGUCCGACACCCCUGUGAGGAGCAGAAGGGGCGACAGCUUGAGCAGCAUUCUUGAAAUGCAGGCACUGCAAAUUCACAGCAGCAGAAGUGAGGAUGCAGCGGAAAACACUGUUCAGAGAGACUGCACAGAAAGCAGCUCUUCCAAGGAGAGAGCCGAGGUUGGCAAGCGUGAAAAAUUUGUGUUUAAUGACAGACAAUUGGCAGGAGAAAAGCCAGCCACAGCUCACACAGCUGCUGCUGACUUUCUGCCGUGGCAGCAGUGA